UUGAAUGAAUAGUUAUACGACAACGCUUGUUGUGGCAACAAUCCAUAGUAACAUCUACGCUAGCAACCAUACAUAUUUGGUUUACAACGAGGGAUUUUUUCGAUUGCAUUUUAGGACAGACGAUCUUCUAAAGUUUUGUCAAAUUGUUUCUUUUAACUAUUUUGUACAAUAAGCUGUGAUGAGUCAACUCAACUGUCCACCAUGUACGCCAUGUGCAGCCGUGUGUAUCGAACAUCCACUUACACAAACUUGUGAAGAAAGGAAAUCAAGGAAGCGCCCCAGACCUCGUCAGUGUUUGUAUAAGCUUCAAGAAAUAAGAACACGAGCCAAUUUAAUUCGAUGGGGCCAUGAAACGUCCUACGAGAAUCCAUUCCACAUUCAGCAGGACCCGCCUCUACCGGGCUCGGAUCAAACGGAGUUACAGUCCAAUCCUGUGGGGCUUCCAGCUAGCGAGCCACCAUGCUAUCUGCCUCAGCAAAAUGGCAACUCCGACGUCCAUCCAUUGUCCAGACCGAUGGGACCCAUUGGGCCUUGGGCAACCGGACGCAUCGAUUGGGGUGCCUUGUCCGGCCAAACUGGUACACGUCCGGUUGUGGAUCAGUAUUCAAUCACGCGCUACAGCAUGGACGAAUGGCGCCAGCGAAACGCGGAUACAAUUCACGCAUGUGCCAGCACGGUCACGAAAAGUGAGCAAAUUGAACACGAUAGCAAGAAUACGAUCAACCGAACGUAUGCCAUUACGGAUAAAAACCAAGCCGAUUGUACUCAAAGUUUGCAUGCCCGAGCAAAAACAAUCGAUGACAUGAAAAGCGAGCUUGAGCGUGCCAUUAAGGCAAUGCAAGACGAGAUCAGCACGCUGGAGGAGCAAAGGCGAAGACUUAAGCAAUCGUUGGCUGUACUGCGAAUGCCCGAGGCAAUUGCAACUGAGUGUCUCGAACGCAGAACCGGUCGUCCUGAUACCGAACUCAUCCGUGAUCAUCCGGAGGAAGAGCUGAUACGCGAAAUAUCAUUGAUUGCCGAAAUUCGUGCGAUACUUCUUAAAACCCUCUCCGAGAUAGACACCCAACAGGUGCAGAAUCGUGCCGCUCGACAGCGGAUGGAAUUUGACUGGAGUGAUAAGACGGUCGCUCACGAAAACGACGCUAUUAACGUGAAUCUGACGAACAAAUCUACUAUUAUCCUGUUUCGCCCGGGAGCAACUAGAUGUCCAAAUGAGCAAUCUACGGAAAUAUACUGGGAAACCUUUAGCAGAGAAACAAUGGAAAUGUGUACGUCUUGCCGAAAGCAGUCUGAGCAGCUACGUGCCACAUUAGAUGCAAUUCUCAUGAACACCGCACGUGACCUUCGUUCUCAAGCGGACAAAGUAGAGCGU